AUGUUCAAAUUUGUCGUUGUAAUUUUCGCCAUCAUUGCUUGCGCCGCUGCCAAGCCCGGUUUAAUUGGUGCUCCUUUGGCUUACACCGCCCCCGCUGCUCCUGGUUUGGUUGGUGCUCCUUUGGCCUACACCGCUCCCGCUGCUGUUGUUGCUGCUGCCCCAGCUCCAUUUGUCACUGCCACCAGCAGCCAAUACGUUGCCCGUAACUACAACGGCAUUGCCACCGCUCCAGUUGUUGCUCCUGUUGCCGCCCCUGUUGUAUCCAAGACAUUCGCUGCUCCCCUUGUUGCCAAGACUUUCGCUGCUCCAGUUGCCGCUGCCUACUCUGCCCCUGUUGUUGCCAAAUACGCCGCCACCUAUGCUGCUCCUUUCGCAUACUCUGCCCCCUUGACCUAUGCUGCUGCUCCAGCUCCAGUUUUGUUGUAAAAACUUUGAGACUUCUUUCGAUUUGCCAUAUGUAGGAAAUAAACGACUUAUUUAAAUCUUAUAAAAACAGAGUUUAUUA